AUGGAUGACAAGAAGAACGAAGAUCUCGAGAUGCGCAAUUUCAAUGGGCGUUCAUCUCCAUCUCAACGCGAUCCUUUUCUGGCCAAGCCAGGGGCAGCAGCCAAAAGAGGAAACUCUGCCUUUGACCUCUCCAAUGUUACGAAUAGCCCAGGAAUCUCCAUUCUUGCCUACUGUUUGGCAUCGAUUUCUAUGACCGUGACCAAUAAGUACUGCGUCUCGGGUUCAAACUGGAAUUUGAACUUCUUCUAUCUCGCUAUUCAGUCUGUUGUAUGUAUCAUUGCGAUUAUCAUCUGCAAGCAAGCGGGAUUGAUCACAAAUCUUGCACCUUUUGACACCAAGAAGGCGAAGACAUGGUUUCCUAUCUCACUUCUUCUCGUCGGCAUGAUCUACACCAGUACAAAGGCUCUUCAAUUCCUCUCCGUUCCCGUUUACACAAUCUUCAAGAACUUGACAAUCAUUGUGAUCGCAUAUGGUGAGGUUUUGUGGUUCGGAGGAAGCGUCACUCCUUCAGCUCUCUUCUCAUUCGGUCUUAUGGUUCUCAGUUCCGUCGUUGCUGCUUGGGCUGAUAUCCAACAUGCUUUGUAUGGAGGUGGUGCUGCACAAUCCGCAGAAGCUGCUGCUGCUCUCUCCACAUUGAAUGCUGGAUAUGCGUGGAUGGGUAUGAACGUUUUCUGCACUGCAGCAUACGUUUUGUCUAUGCGUAAGGUUAUCAAGAAGAUGAACUUCAAGGAUUGGGACACUAUGUUCUACAACAAUCUCCUCACUAUCCCUGUCCUCUUCGUUUGCUCGUUCAUUUUCGAAAACUGGUCAUCCGAGAACCUUACCAAGAACUUCCCACUUGAGACCCGAAACAACCUCAUUCUCGGCAUGAUCUACUCUGGUCUUGCUACUAUCUUCAUCUCAUACUGCUCUGCUUGGUGUAUCCGUGUCACUUCCUCCACAACCUAUUCAAUGGUUGGUGCUCUCAACAAGUUGCCAAUCGCUGUCAGUGGUCUCGUUUUCUUCGCAGCCCCUGUUACAUUCGGAAGUGUAUCUGCCAUCUUCAUCGGUUUUGUCAGUGGUAUCGUUUAUGCAUGGGCAAAGGUUAGACAAAACCAAUCGAAGGGAAGUAUUCUUCCCACAACACAACCAGUCAUGAGCGCCAGCUCCCAGAGCAAUCGCGAUGCUGCAAAGGCAUAA